UUCCGGUCGGAGGCUUUUGCCGAGCGCCCCGCGUCCCUGGAGGGCGGCGGAGGCGGCGGAGGCCGUGGAGGCUGUGGAGGCAGCUGGGGGAAUCCGGAAGUCAACACCAUGUCGAGUCUGCACAAGAGCCGGAUUGCAGAUUUCCAGGAUGUUCUGAAGGAGCCCACGAUCGCUUUGGAAAAGCUUCGGGAACUCAGUUUUAGUGGCAUCCCCUGUGAGGGCGGACUGAGGUGCCUCUGCUGGAAGAUUCUCUUGAACUACCUCCCCUUGGAGAGAGCCUCAUGGACUUCCAUCCUGGCCAAGCAGAGGGAGCUAUAUUCUCAGUUCCUGAGGGAAAUGAUUAUCCAGCCUGGCAUUGCCAAGGCCAACAUGGGUGUGUCCAGGGAGGAUGUGACCUUUGAGGACCAUCCACUCAACCCCAACCCUGACAGCCGGUGGAACACAUACUUCAAGGACAACGAGGUACUACUGCAGAUUGACAAAGAUGUCAGGAGGUUGUGCCCAGACAUAUCGUUCUUCCAGAGGGCCACUGAGUACCCGUGCCUCCUCAUCCUGGACCCCCAGAAUGAGUUUGAGACCCUUCGUAAGCGGGUGGAACAGACGACACUGAAAUCCCAGACGGUGGCCCGGAACCGGAGCGGGGUCACAAAUAUGAGUUCCCCGCACAAGAACUUGGCGCCGUCAGCCGUGAAUGAGUACCAGGUGCUGCCCAGCGGCUGUGAGGCCCACUGGGAGGUGGUGGAACGCAUCCUGUUCAUCUAUGCCAAGCUGAACCCUGGCAUCGCUUACGUGCAGGGCAUGAAUGAGAUCGUGGGGCCCCUCUACUACACCUUCGCCACCGACCCCAACAACGAGUGGAAAGAGCACGCCGAGGCAGACACCUUCUUCUGCUUCACCAACCUCAUGGCUGAGAUCCGGGACAACUUCAUCAAGAGCCUGGACGACUCGCAGUGUGGCAUCACGUACAAGAUGGAAAAGGUGUACUCCACCUUGAAGGAUAAGGACGUGGAACUCUACCUGAAACUGCAGGAGCAGAACAUCAAGCCGCAGUUCUUCGCCUUCCGCUGGCUGACGCUGCUGCUGUCCCAGGAGUUCUUGCUGCCUGACGUCAUCCGGAUCUGGGACUCCCUCUUCGCUGAUGACAACCGCUUCGACUUCCUCCUCCUCGUCUGCUGCGCCAUGCUCAUACUGAUCCGGGAGCAGUUGCUGGAAGGGGACUUCACCGUAAACAUGCGGCUCCUUCAGAUGUCUGCCAGAUCCUACAGAAAGCCAAGGAACUCCAGGACUCAAAAUAACCUGCUGGCACCAGGUCCCGAUUUGGGAGAGAAGACACCGAUCCCCAAGCCCUGGCUCCUGGGCCACGCAGAAGCCUGUGGGACCCCAGCCCGAGGAGACGCUGCAGGACUGGCCUGCUCCAGACGUCACCUGGCUCCCUCCCCCUGGGCCGCUCCCACCGGGGACACACUGUGCCAUGCUCCUUCCUCAUCACCGGGCCCUCUCCACUCUUCAGCCCUGGGACCCUUUGCCAAGGCUGCCGAGCAAGGCUGGAGCUCCUGAAGUUGUUUUCUGGGGCUGGGGCAGAUUGGGGGCACUCGGGGUUGGCAAAGGUCCCUUCCCUCCUCUGCUCUGCUGCCCCCUUCCUCCUCUCCUGCUCUGGUUGCGGGGAGGUGCUUGGCAAAUGAGCCAGAAACAGUUUCUUCCGGGGGUUGGUGCUGAGGCUUCUCCAUGGGGAAAUUACACUGUGAGGGAGCUAAGAAGCUGCCAGGCCAGGCCCGGGUCACACCCUCUGUCCCUGUCAUUGAGUGUGUCUCUUCAUCCCCCAGGUGUCUGUCUAUGUGUCUGUCAGUACGGAUGUGAGGCAGGGGAGGGUGUCUGAAUCCCUCUAGGUCUCUGCGCGUUCUCUCUCUCUCUCUCUCUCUCUCUCUCUCUCUCUCUUUCUCUCUGCCUCUGUCUCUCUCCACCAUUCACAGAGGCUGUGUGUGACUCUGUCUGCUCCUCUUUCUGUUGUUCUCCCUCCGCCCUUCUAUCUUGGGGUGCCUUAUCCCCAGCCUCCUCCCCUCACUCAUCCCCUCCACACCUGUGAACCCCAGAGACAGAAUGAAGAGCCGGGCUCAGCAAAGCCCCUGGAGGUCAACAUUGGCCUUUGCACCGAGUUCCCGUCUCCCAGCCCUAGGCUCCCAGGUCGCUCAGACUGGGAGGCCACAGUGCCUCCCUAGAGGGCCUGAACCUGCUCCCCACCAGAAAUCUUGGAAACCAAAAGCUGCUGAGAAAUGAU